ACUUUUACUUCCUCGUCCUCUCAGAUAGAGGAACUGACCGUUUUGUGGCUGGCCUUUCUGUCAACACUCCACAUCCUCUGCAGCUUCAUCUCACAACUUUCAAAUCAUGAUCCGAUAGAAAACUGCACAGCUGAAAAGAACCAACUUCACUUGUAAAGAGAUGGCUCGUUCUGGGCAGCAAGGCGAGAUGACGGAGUACAAGAAGAUCCUGAUCAAACGGGACAUGGAGAUGGGUGUGGUCAUGACGGUGUUUCGGCAGAAAGCAGAACGGCUCACCGUGCAGGUCAUCAUGGAGACCCGUCAGGUGGCGUGGACACGCACAGCGGACAAGACCGACGGUGUCUUGGACCUGUUUGAGAUCAGGGAGAUUCGUCCCGGGAGGAACUCCAAGGACUUUGAGCGCUUCAGGGACGGAAAGGACAAACACGAGGAGAACACGUGCUUCACCAUCUUCUACGGCUCGCAGUUUGUCCUCAACACCCUGAGUCUGGGGGCUGAUUCUGCAGAGGAGGCUCAGAAAUGGCUGAUUGGACUCGAACUGCUGAGGCAAGAGACAGAGGUCGCUCCCACUCCGGUUCUCAUAGAGAGUUGGCUGAGGAAGCAGAUGUAUUCUGUCAAUCAGACCAAAACAAACAGCAUCUCCAUGAAGGAGCUGAAGGCCCUGCUUCCUCAGCUCAACUACAAGACCCCGAGCUCUCGAGUCCUCAAAGACAGAUUCCAGGAAGUGGGAGCGAAGAAAGAUCGUCUGGACUUUGAGCAGUUUCAUAAAUUGUACAAUCUUAUAAUGUUUGAACAGAAUGAGAUCCUCGAUGAGUUCAAAAAUGAAUCGUGUGCUUUUAUUCUGGGAAACACAGAUAAACCCGAGGCCUCGUUGGUUCUGCUCCACGACUUCCAACGAUUCCUCAUCUACCAGCAGAAGGAGUUCUGGGCCAAUGAUCUGAACCAGGUCAGAGAACUCAUGACGAUCUUCAUCGACGACACCAUGAGAAAAACCAACGACCCAGAGUUCACCGUCAGCGAAUUCCUCAGUUUCCUGUUUUCUAAGGAGAACUCUCUGUGGGACGAGAAGUUCUCAGAGAUCAACACCAUGGACAUGAACAAUCCUCUGUCCCACUACUGGAUCAGCUCCUCACACAACACGUAUCUGACAGGGGAUCAGCUUCGUAGUGAGUCGUCCACAGAGGCUUAUGUCCGCUGCCUGCGUCUGGGAUGUCGCUGUGUGGAGCUGGACUGCUGGGAGGGGCCCGGGGAGCCAAUCAUCUACCACGGCUGGACCAGAACAACCAAGAUCAAGUUCGAGGACGUGGUCAAAGCCAUCAACGACCACGCGUUCGUCACCUCAGACUUCCCGCUGAUCCUGUCCAUCGAGGAGCACUGUCCUCUGGAGCAGCAGCGUCAGAUGGCUCGAAUCUUCAAAGACGUGUUCGGAAGCAAGCUGCUGACGAAGCCGGUGGAGCAGAUGGCCGAGCAGCUGCCUUCACCUACUCAGCUGAAGGGCAAGAUCAUACUCAAGCACAAGAAGAUCAGUGUUGAGGAAGGAGGGAUCAGUAAAGACUUUAGGAAAGGGCAGAAACAGGGCGACCUGGAGAUCUGGGACCCUGUGGAUCAGGUGUGGCACACGCACUUCUGUGUGAUCUGUGACGACAAGCUGUACUACGACGAGGAGGACACGGAGCAGGAGGAACAAUCCGAGAAGGACCUGCACUGCACAGAGCCGUGGUUUCAUGGUCGCAUGAAGGAGGGCAGGCUGAUGGCCGAGAGACUGAUCCACGAUUACUGCGCAGAGACCGGAGGAAGAGACGGAACCUUCCUGGUCCGAGAGAGCGACACCUACGUCACAGACUUCACCCUCUCCUUCUGGCGCACUGGGAGAGUCCAGCACUGUCGUAUUCGCUCUGGCUCCGAGGGGGGGCUCACUUACUUCUACCUGACGCCCAACCUGCACUUCCUCAGCGUGUACUCCCUGAUCAAUCACUACAGAGAAAACCCGCUGCGCUGUCAAGACUUCGAGCUGCGCCUCACCGACGCCGUCCCUCAGCCCACCCCCCAUCGAACAGAAGGGUGGUUCUACAGUAACCUGAGCAGAGGCCAGGCGGAGGAUUACCUGCUGAGGAUUCCCAGAGACGGAGCGUUCCUCAUCCGACAGAGAGAAGGAGAAACAGACUCCUUCGCCAUCACGUUUAGAGGCGACGGUAAAGUGAAACACUGUCGGAUCCAGAAGGAGGGGAGCAUGUACCUGCUGGGCACCACCACGGAGUUCGAGAGUCUGGUGGAGCUGGUCAAUUACUUCAAGACCAGGCCACUGUAUCGCAAGAUCAAGCUACGUUACCCAGUCACCCCCACACUGGUGGACCGCUUCAGCGCCGAGAAAGACUGUGCGUCUCUGUACGGGGUGAAAACAUACGUGGAGCCCAACGAGAUCGAGCCGUCACUGCCUCAGAAUACAGUCAGGGCUUUAUACAGCUUCCAGGCGAGAAAUUCCAAUGAGCUCAGCUUCAGUAAAGGAGCUUUGAUACACAAUGUCACCAAGGGGACAGAUGCAUGGUGCAAAGGUGACUACGCUGGAAAGAUUCAGCAUUUCUUCCCAUCAAUCUAUGUAGAGGAAGUUUCCUACAACAUCCAACCUGAGCCCAAAGAGGAGGACCUGGAGGACAACCCACUGGGUGAACUGUGUAAAGGUGUUGUGGACAUCUCCAAGUGCAACAUCCAAAACUUGACCAACGGGAAGAACGGGAAGCCCCAUGUGUUGACCCUGCAGGACAUGGAGCAGGACAACCUGCAGUUUGACCUGGCAGCAGCUUCUGUGGAGGAGCUGUUCGAAUGGUACCAGGUGGCCUGGGACAUCACUCAGAGAGAGAUGAGCAAACAGUACAACCGGGAGCAAGUGAUGAGACAGCAGGUGGAAGUGGAGAAGAAGUACGAGGUUGCCAGGGAGAUGUCGGACCUCGUGGUCUACUGUCAGCCUCGCAGCAAAGAGAAGGACCGCUUCGACGGUUACACGUACAAAGAGAUUCGCUCCUUUGUGGAGAACAAGAUGCCGGGAAAGAGCCGCACCCAGGACUUCUUACAGUACAACUGCAAGGCUCUGAGUCGCAUCUACCCAAAAGGCCAGCGGGUGGAGUCCUCCAACUACGACCCGUAUCCCCUGUGGGCUCUCGGCUGUCACAUGGUUGCUCUCAACUACCAGACUGCAGAUAAAUACACCCAGUUGAACAGCGCCCUCUUCAGUCUGAAUGCACAAACUGGCUACGUGCUGCAGCCGGAGCUCAUGCGCUCCGAUAACUACGACCCCAACCAAGAGAAGAUUAAGAUCAAGUACGAGAUUGUGGUCAGGGUGAUCGCUGCUCGACACCUCCCGAAGCCCGGCCGCAGCAUCCCCAGUCCGUUCGUCGAGAUCGAGCUGUGUGGCCAGACGGAGGAGAAGAGCAAAACCGUCGUCUACUGUGACAACGGUCUGAACCCGGUGUGGAAAGCCCCGGCCGAGCCCGUUGUCUUCAACGUGUACGAGCCGGAGCUCACCUUCCUGCGCUUUGUGGUCAACGAGGAGGACAUGUUCUCAGACCCCAACUUCCUGGCCCAGGCCACGUUUCCUGUCAAAGGCAUCCGCUCAGGUUACCGCUCCGUACCUUUAAAGAAUGGCUACAGUGAAAGCUUAGAGUUAGCCUCGCUACUGGUCUACAUCAACGUACAGCCAGCAGGGCACGCAGAGGAGGCGCUGUACUCGUCCUCCAGCCAGCUGAGGAAGAAUCCGGCCGAGGUCAGCGGUGAACUUUCCCUGUACGACACUCACGCCAACAUCCAGCGCUCCACGCUCCCUCGCCAACACAACCAGCUCACGAGAGAGUUCAGCACCAGCGAGCACAGGACGAAGGAGAAGAAGAUAAACAACAGUAAGUUUUACUCCUGAGGACUCGGCUGAACCGAACCUGUCCACGUCCUGUCGGAGUUUCCCAGUGGGGACAUUUUCUAGUUUUUCAUUUUUAUAUCAAAAACUACAAGCAUCCAAUAUUCCCCUCAAUAGUUUUCUAUUUAUUUUAGAUUUUUAAAAAGUGUGGUGUCAAUAUUUCCCUAAAUAUGGAAAUAUUGAAACAUGUUAAUGUUAUUUUGGAGAAACCAUUAACUUUAUGUUUCAAUUAUGACAAAUGAGGCUGUAACGUUUCUUCUGAGGGUCCCACAGACAGUCAGUCAUUUUUUAUUCUUCUGCAUUCAGCCACUAAUCAAACUGCAACACUGAGGCCCGGAUGAUAUUUAUUUUGAAUGAAAUAUGAGUUUCUGCUCAUUGUAAUAGGAGUUUGACAGUUUUUGAGAGUUUUAUUCAUCUGUUUUUAUGUCGACUUUUAAAUCGCGAUGAAGCAAAAUAAAAUAAAAACUGAAAAACGCGAGCAGCACACAGGAAGUUGUCUUUAUCCGUUUCCUCAGUGUGAUGUGUGAUGAUGUUUCAGUCACAUGAAUUAAAAAUGUAAUCCAGAGUGAUUCAUGUAUUUAAUUUGACGGCAGAUGGUGUUUGUGGCUUUCUGAUAAUUCAUGUGACCUUCUUAUGAUUUGAGUCAAUAAAGUAUGUUUGGUGAAACGUC